GGGCGGAUGGCUGAGAAUAGACAGUGUGCAUGUCCUUGAGACAUGACUGCCCGAAGGUUUCCCAUCUAUAUUCCCGGGACAGUGUAGUGCUCUGGUGCGUCUGUUGGACAAGAUGUUUGGUGUCUUUGUCAGAGCUGCGCUGCGGCCUGGCAUGGUGCGGCCGUGUCGCCUGGUCAGACCAGUGACCCAGAUCCCGGAGAGGUCCUUGGGACACCAGGAAGGUUUACCUAAGAUGCCUGUGCCGCCCUUGAAGAAGACAUUUGAGCGAUACUUGGCUGCUCUGGAGCCCAUCGUAAGUGAAGAGGAACUGGAACACACUCGGCAGCUGGUGGAGGAGUUCCUAAAGGGCGGUGUGGGGGAAAGGUUGCAGAAAGGCCUAGAGCGACGGGCACAAAAGACUGACAACUGGCUGACAGAAUGGUGGAUGCAGACAGCCUAUCUAGACUGUCGUAUGCCGGUGGCGGUCUACACGAGCCCCGGAGUUGUCCUGCCUCGCAUGCACUUCCAAGAUCGACAAGGACAGAUGAGGUUUGCUGCCAAACUGAUUGCUGGAGUUUUGGACUUUAAAAACAUGAUUGACACUGAAACCCUACCUGUAGAGUACCUGAGUGGGCAGCCGCUGUGUAUGGAACAGUAUUACCAGAUCCUGUCCUCCUGUCGAAUCCCUGGUCCAAAGAGAGACACUGUCAUAAAUCACACCAUCGGGAAAACACCUCCAACUCAUAUCACUGUGGUCCACAACUUCCAGUUCUUUAUCUUGGACGUUUACAACAGCGAUGGCACCCCGCUGACAGUUGACCAGCUGUACAUGCAGCUGGAGAAGAUCUGGAACUCCUCUUUGCAGACUAAUAAGGAACCUGUUGGCAUCCUUACGUCACAGCACCGCAACACCUGGGGAAAAGCUUACAACAAUCUCAUGAAGGAUAAGACAAAUAAAGAGUCAGUCCGUGCCAUCCAGAAAAGCAUCUUCACAGUUUGUUUGGAUGCCCCAAUGCCACGUGUGUCAGAUGAGAUGUAUCAGAGCCGUGUGGCUGCUCAGAUGCUGCACGGAGGAGGAGCUCGAUGGAACAGCGGCAACCGCUGGUUUGACAAGACAAUACAGUUCAUUGUCGGUGAAGAUGGUACAUGCGGACUGGUGUAUGAACAUGCCCCCGCUGAGGGUCCACCCAUUGUUUUUCUUAUCGAUUAUGUUGUGAGAUACAUGCGUAAAAGUGAAAUGGUUCGCUCUCCCAUGGUUCCCCUGUCCAUGCCUCAGAAACUACGAUUCAACAUUACACCUGAGAUCAAGAGAGACAUUGAGAAUGCAAAGCAAAAUAUGAACAUAAUGGUGCAUGACUUGGAUGUGAAGGUGUUGUUGUUUUCUCAUUAUGGGAAGAAUGUACCAAAGCAACAUAAGCUGAGCCCAGAUGCCUUUGUGCAGAUGGCUUUUCAACUCGCCUACUUCAGGAUGUAUAAUAUCUGCUGCUCAACAUAUGAGAGUGCAUCAUUACGAAUGUUCAAAUAUGGCCGAACAGAUAACAUCCGUGCAACUACUGUAGAGUCCUUUAAAUUUGUCCAGGCAAUGCAAGACCCAACCAAAAAGAAUACAGAGAGGCUGGAGCUGCUGCAGAAGGCCGUUCAGAAACACAAGGACAACACUUACAAUGCAAUUCAUGGACAGGCCAUAGACAGGCAUCUCCUGGGGCUGAAGAUGCUGAGUAUCGAGGAUCUGACCUCCAUGCCUGAGAUAUUCAUGGACACCUCUUAUGCUGUGGCUCAGCACUACAAUCUCUCCACUAGCCAGGUUGGCUCCAAGACAGACUGUGUGAUGUGCUUUGGUCCAAUGGUGCCAGAUGGCUACGGAGUGUGUUACAAUCCCAUGGAUGAGCACAUCAACAUCGCCAUCACGGCCUUCAACAGCUGUGAGGAGACCCACGCUGCCAAGUUUGCCCAGGCUGUUGAGGACGCUCUGUUGGACAUGAGAGCUCUGCUUGAAGACACAGCUACAGCCAAGCAGUGAUCCCACACAGGAGCUUGGCUGGGUGAUUGUGUCCCAGCGGGGCUGUAUGGGAGCUGCAACUGAACUGGUGCCGGAGUCGCUGGCAGAACGCCAUGAUGACGUGUAAUGUACUGAGCUGCUGGAGCGGAUGGGAAACUAGUUAUGAAAGGGUUUUUGGGAAGAACAAUGUUUGACUAUCAGUGCACUGCCUUUGUGAGGAGAAGAGAUUGUCUGUGAUGGAAAUUCUAUAUUUUAAUAUAUUGUGUUACAAUUAUAUAUAUAUAUAAACUUUAAAUGAAGAUGA